AGGAGGUUACCCCAUGUGACUCUACCCUCCCUAGCAACUGGGCAAUUUGGUUGCUUAGGAGACCUGGCUGGAGUCACUCAGCACACCCUGGAUUGGAAUUUGCGACUCCAGGGGUGGUAGUCAGCGUCUUCGCUCGCUGAGCUACCCAGGCUCCCGUAUAUUAUAUAUUUAUUUGUAUCAAUAUAUUGCGUUCCAAAGCAGUUUUACAGAUAAUAGUGCUUUAACCCCAAAGGUGACAGUGGCAUGGAAACAAAUAUAUACAAACAUAUGUGACCAGUUUGGACACCUCUAGUCAUUCUUUUAUUAUUGCAAUUUUUUAAUGUUUUAGAAUAAUAGCAAAGUCAUCAAAACUAUGAACUAGCGCAAAUGGAAAUAUGAGAAUUAUAUGGUGACCACAAAUGUUAGAUAAGCACAAAGCAAGGAAACUGAAGUGGCAACAAAAGCGAACAAACACUAGAUACUAUAUUUAUAAGAAAUCAAAUUCCAUGCAAAAAACUGUGAUCUGUCAUCUUGGUUGCAAUAAAGUCGCACAGAUUACUAGUACACACUGAAGUGCAGGUUGUGCAGAAACAGGGAUGUUAGUUAUUUAAGCAGGAAUGUUCAUUGCAGAUAGUUUGUUUUUAUAUUUUAUUCAAAUCGGUGGUGUUUGACUGAACUCACUGAUGUCAUGUUGAAUCUGUUCUUGCAUACUAGGAUAACCAGACUGACCAAUCCCACCUGAAAAACCAGGGCUGAUCAUGGCAUUUGAGGAGAUAAAGAAGAAAGCAAUGAUGGAGAUGUCAGGAAUGGAUGGAGAGGUUGGGCUUGUUGCGGGUCGCAGCCAGAGAGAGAAGAGACGCUCGUAUAAAGAUCUGUUGAGAGAGGAAGAAGAAAUAGCAGCGCAGGUGCGCAAAACCUCCAAGAAACAACACAAGGACUCUGACCUUUUCCUGUUAGGGGAAGAUUCUCACAAGAAAAAAAAGAAGUAUUUGAGUGAUGACUACUACCACAGAGAUCAUCACAGCUCUGGUCAGCCGCCCCACAAAAAGAAGCACAAAUCUUCAGAUCGCUCGCCCUCCCUGUCCUCCUCGUCCUCAUCUCAUGCGUCCCACCCUACCGACACGGCCAUGGGCCUCCUGGAGGCUAUCACCUCCCCGCUGGCCACGGGCUCUGACCCUGGGCCUCACCUCCACAAAAAACCCUCCUACCCUCCCCACCCCUCCUCACACUCCUCCUCCAAAGACCUCAAGCGGGAGGGUGGAUCCAAGAGCAGCCACUCCUUAUCUCACUCGCGCUCGCCCGGUUCUUCUUCAUCUAAGAAACAUUCCUCUUCCUCAAAGUCACUGCUGUUCCAUGGAGGAGCAGGGAAAGGGGAGCCGCUGACGCUCUGUGAAGCUGAAGGAUUGAAGAUGAAGCUCAUUCUGUCUUCAAAGGAGAAGAAUGAAGGUGUUGAGACGAAUGAGGGAUUUUCUUUUCCUCUCCAUUCUUCUUCUUCUUCCUCGGGUGUUGUGGGGCAUCAUCAUUCAUCAUCCAGCUCGAAGAAAGGAGAAAUGAAGAUUGAGAAAGAGAAAGACAAAACAAUGUCUAAGCCACCAAAGAAAAAGCAGCACAGCCGAGAGCCGUUGCCUGUAGUCGGGAAGGAAGUGGAGGUUGUGGGUCAUUACGGCGGCGCUUUUGGAGGCAUGGGAGGAGACAGCUCAUCGUCAGGUGGAGAACUAGAGGCCGGCGAGCUGGUGAUCGAUGACUCCUACACUCACCUCUCAAAAAAGAAGAAAAAGAGCAAGAAGAGUAAAAAGAAAAAAGAUAAAGACAGAGAGAGAGACCGAGAGAAAGGAUCAAGAGAGAAGAAACACAGUAAAAGUGGAAGCAGUGGGAAGAAAAGCAGUCCAGGGGAUCCGUCUAGAAGCCACGCCCAUUCUCACAGCUCAUCCAAUCAUAGUUCCUCUGGUGGGAUGUAUGUUAUGACUCCACCCACCUCUUCCCAUCACCAUCAAAACGUUGAACUGAUGAGUGAAAAGAAGAAAAAGAAAGAAGAAAAGGAUAGAGAGAAAAAUGACAAGGACAAGCCGAAGAAGAAGAACAUGACAGCAUAUCACGUGUUUUGUAAAGAGUACAGGGUCAAUAUCAACGCAGAGCAGCCUGGGUUAGUCUUUGGGGAGCUGAGUAAGAAACUCGGAGAGAUGUGGAAACAGCUGCCUGAAAAAGACAAACUGGUUUGGAGACAGAAAGCUCAAUAUCUCCUGCACAAACAGAAUAAAGCUGAAGCUAUGACAGUCAAACGAAAGCCAACAACAUCAGAGAGCAAAAGCAAAGGCUCCAGUAAAGCUGUUGGUUUAGGGACCGGAUUGACUCCUCAGGGUCGCUCGGCUCUGGGGAUGUCGUUGUCUCCGGCUCGGGUACCUGACAUUGACCCCAUUGAUGCAGCUGCUCAUUUGCAGCUGCUCGGAGAAUCCCUGUCUCUGAUUGGACAUCGACUUCAGGAGACAGAGGGUAUGGUUGCAGUAUCUGGCAGUCUAUCUGUUCUCUUGGACUCUAUUUUAUGUGCUCUUGGUCCAUUGACCUGUUUGACAGCUCAAGUCCCCCAACUCAACGGCUGUCCACGCAACGUCCUGUCAAAUACUUUGGAUAAUAUCGCCUAUAUUAUGCCUGGACUAUGAAUCUCUUUUAACCGCAACUACAAUAGACUGGAUUACAUAUGGAUUACAAAUUUACAGAGGCACCAAAACGAGGACCAGAUAUUCUUUUUUUUAUCUUUCUUGAUCAUGUGUUGUACAAAACAAUGGACAUUCUCAGUCUGUGAUUUUUAUUUGUAUUUUUAAGAAAUACUAUUUAAAGUCAUUUUUUAUUUUUUUAUUUUUUAGUGUUAAAAAAAUACCCUAUUUAGAGAACAUUUUUGACACAACUAUUUUGUUUGUGUUUAUGGUCUAAAGUUUCAGUGUUACUGUCUAUCAUAAAAAGUGUGUGUAUAUGUGUGUGUGUGUUUGUUUAAAAAUUUGUGAACAUAAUGUCAAUAGCGUUUUAUGUUUUAUAAAAAUGUGUGCUGUUUCAUUUAGGGGCCAAAUGUUUUUCUUCCCUAAUUUAAUGUUGAGUUAAUUUAUACCAACAGCAGUUCAUCUGCACUAUCGUAAUUUCACAUAUUGUAUUUUUUAUGUAAAUGUUGUAAUAUUAUAAUUUUAAUGUUUUAGCAAGCUUACAGGAAAAGCAUGUAUAAAAUCAUUUGUAAUUUUCUCCUCUUAAAGAAAUGAUUACCGGUAGUACUUUUCACAAAUGUUUAAAACAUUAUUACAUUUACAGAUCAGACUCUAUGAGUCUCCCCUCUUGGUGGCUGUCAUAUUGAGAUCACAUGACCUGCUGAAUACUCCUCACUUUAUCUUGGGAACCUCCUAUUAUUCAAACACUUUUGGUGAAUGGGUACUUCUUCAAUAGAAUUGAUUACUGAAAACAGUUGCUUUUUCGUGGACCUUCUUCCACGCAAAUGUGUCAUUAUUAUUCAAAGACCACUGUCAUAUCAGCCAGCAAAACAUUAAAAAUAUCUUAUUGCACAAAUGUGUGACCAUUUUAGGCAAGUGAUUGUAAGUAGUUUUAGGGGAUACAAAAUGUACAAUAUAUUUGCAUUGAUACAUGUUUUGCAUUGACUUUGGGGAAAAAAGUAUUUUCAUUAAAUCACAAAUAUCUUGUUAAAUGGGUUUGUUUUAUACAGCCAUUUUAUAAAAUGAUUUUGAGUUUGUUUUUGACUAAUAAUUAUUAUUUUUUUUUUUUUUACUGUAUUUUAACGGUUAUGGACUGGCCCUAUUCACUUCCAUUGUAGGUGCCUUAAUGUAGCUGUGAUUUUUGCUGUUUUUUUAAACGAGGGACGAGUUAAUGUUUUUUUCUUUUUUUUUUCUUGUGGUAAUCAAAAUUAUACCACAAAUGCUGUCGAUUGAACUAAACUUGUAUUGAACCCAAAAUAUUCCUUUAAAGAUGUCAUUGCAUUCGAUAACAAAAUAUUAAACCAAGUGGAAUCUGCAAACAAAUGAUGCUAGACAUUUUCUCUGAACAAACCUCACUUUUUUUUAGCUAUUUUUUUGCAAUGAUUUUUUUAACCAAAUAAUUUUCCCAUCAAGUUCACACAGGUGACCUAGCAGAGGACAUUUGACAGCUAUUAAGUGUCCAAAUAAUUUGACUUCAUUUCUAUCAUUAUAUUUGUUUUAUAAAUAAAAAAUUGCAUGCUUUUUGUUCAGUGUUUUGCUUGAAAAGUUUGCUUGUGCUCUUUUUCUUGCCCUUUGUUUUGAUAUUUUGCUAUCUAAUGCAAUGACAUUUAUGCAAUUAAAGCAAAUGGAAAUGUACUUUUUUUCCUGUUAGUUUGCAUGAACGGUUCUUAGUUCUUUGACAGAUUAUUACAAUGAAAACAUGGUCAUUCUGUGUCAGUUCUGGUCCCCGGCUCAAAAUGUUGUUUUUGAUGAUUUUUAUAUUGGUAAAAAAAGAAACAAAUGAUGAUGAAAACCAAAAUAUAUGCUGUGGAUCAGUAUUUUUAAUCCAGUAUUUUGUUGAGGGGCCUAUGCUAAACUAGAGGUAAAAAAUUUAUUAAUAUAUACAGUAUAUAUAAAAAAAAAAACGUUUUAUAUAUAUAUAUAUAUAUAUAUAUAUAUAUAUAUA